UUUGCCCCCUCUCUCGCGUCACAGUAUUAUCUUUUUUCUGCAGACUCAGUAAAAUAAUACAUCACUCUAAAAGAAAAAGAAAAGUCUUACCCUGUUUUUGCUCUUCCCCCAGCUCACGAUCUUUGAGUUUGGGUUUUGUUCUUUUGAUUGAUGGAUAAUAAUACCAUUUAGACCAUCAGAAGCCGAAUUUGGAAAAAAGGGUUAAAGAAGAAGGAGAAAAAGGAGCAGUCUUGGGUACUUUGACACAGUUUUUGCUGAAGGAACAAUCAUGGCCGUGGAUGAGAAUGGCUCGUUGAAUCGGACGGACGAGAGUGCUGUAAAGAAUGGUUCCGGUGCCGUCGAUCAUCAGCCUAAUCAGAACGGUGUGCCACAGUCAACGAUACCCACUGAUCAGAAUAUUCAAAUAAUGUCUGUUGAUCAUCAACCCCAGAAAACCAGUGUGCAGCAUAAGUCUCAAAUGGGUGUUUUUCAACGGCUGAAACAAAGCAUCAACGGCAAUGGAGUGCUGGGUCACCUGAACGGUGUUGAUUUGAGAAGAAACGGGGGGCUGGUUGAUGAAGAUGAUGGUGGGGAAGGGUUUAAGAAGGAGAUGAGGGAUUUGGAGGAGAUGCUUUCCAAAUUGAACCCCAUGGCUGAAGAGUUUGUGCCUCCCUCACUCUCCAGCAACCACGGAGUAGUGCCAAUCCCUUCCGGUGGAGAACAAUUUGGGUUUGAUGCUUUCAAUUUUGUAAUGCAAGCUGGACUCAGCGAUGGAAAUUUCAACAGAAGGCAGAAGAGAAAUGGCUAUGGUCUUGGUAGGAGACGGACGAAUGUCCGGACGAGCGUGGCCCAGCGUGAAGAUGUUAUAAGGAGAACAGUUUAUGUGUCUGAAAUUGAUCAUCAGGUGACUGAAGAGCAACUUGCUACACUCUUUCUUACUUGUGGGCAGGUGGUUGAUUGUCGCAUAUGUGGAGACCCCAAUUCUGUACUCCGUUUUGCCUUUAUUGAAUUUACUGAUGAAGAAGGUGCAAGGAACGCUUUGAGUCUUGCAGGGACUAUGCUAGGGUUUUAUCCCGUGAGAGUGCUUCCCUCUAAAACUGCAAUUGCACCAGUUAAUCCAACAUUUCUUCCAAGGUCUGAAGAUGAAAGGGAGAUGUGUGCAAGAACUAUAUACUGUACAAACAUUGAUAAAAAGGUUACUCAAGCAGAUGUCAAGCUCUUUUUUGAAUACUUUUGUGGAGAGGUUAAGCGCCUGCGGUUACUUGGUGACUAUCAUCAUUCCACUCGUAUAGGUUUUGUUGAGUUUGUUAUGUUAUCCAGGAUACAUAUGGAAGGUCUCAGAAUCACCAGAUUUGGAUAAGCUGGAUGUUCGUUUAAAAAUAAAAAAAUAGAUUACUUUAUGGAAGAAACCCGACGACACUUAGCAAAUUUAAUCACUAAUGAAAUGAUUCCUGGACUACAGGAAAACAGAAAAGUUGCCUGUGUUGUCGUUUUGAUCAGUUCAACAGAUAUGUGUAUUUGACAGCUAAAGAGUAUAUGCCAGUAGAUUAUUAGCAAUUCACAGUAAUGUGGGUUAAAUAAAAUUGCAAUCUCGGUGAUUUUGCGGUUGGCCAGCUUGUUCUAUUCUCCAUCUCUCAGUGACCAACUUUUGUGCUACGUUUAUGGAUGUUGCUGUGAUGGGAGCCCUUACAGCUUUAUUAUGUGGAUUCUGUACUUUUUGAUCACUUGAAUGAAACUGGAAAAGAAGUGCUUUA